GUCAAACAGGUAAUCACAUUGCAGAAUUCACUGUUCGCGAGAUGCUUGAUUUUGCUGCGAGAUGUCAAGGCGCAGGUGAAGGAUUUGCAGGUUACAUGAAAGAUCUAACCCGAUUAGAGAAAGAGAGGGGUAUACGUCCUUCUCCUGAGAUUGAUCGAAAUGAAGGCCAGUAUCAUAUAGCUCCUAAUGCUGCUUCUGUCAGUGGUGAAAAGCAUAGUGUUUCCACAGCUUAUGUGCUUAGAGUUCUUGGUCUUGAUAUGCUUCAGCUAGAUUUGUCUUGUGUCGCAAGGAAUCCAGAGUCGAGGCCAAAGAUGGAGGAGGUUGCGAGGAUAAUUGAAGAUGUGAGGAGAUGUGAUCAGUCGCAGCAAAACAUAACAUCCUCAGAGUCUACUUACAAUGUCUCUGAAUGAUUUUUCAUUUCGAUCAAAAGUUUCUUCGAUCAAUUCUACUUCAGUCUUAUUGAAUGGUGUUACUUUGUAUCAUAGUUCAGUGCGUUUAAUCAAAUUCUCCUCCAGUGAAUUUUUUUCUCUUUGAAUUUUUGUUAAUAAUAAUUUCGCUUUCUU